CCUGCUGGGGAGAGAAGACAAUCAGCAUGGCAGCAGGGCACUUAUCGAAAGCGCUCUUGCGGUUCAGCAGCCAUAAACUUGUCUCGGCCCGAUCCUUCGGGUUUCAUAGCCGUCUGUAUGGCGCUGCGGGGGUACCGCAGAUGCUCCCAGUGCAGAAUGAGAGCAUAUCAGAUGGAGAAAACAAGAUCCUCACUCUGCCCUUGAAACAGCCUGACUUCUUUCGCCUGUCAGAACUCUUCACCCUUAAAGACCUGUUUGAUGCAAGGGUUCAUCUAGGCCACAAAAGGGGAUGCAGGCAUAGGCUAAUGGAGCCCUACUUAUUUGGGUGUCGGCUAGAGCAAGACAUAAUCGACUUGGACCAAACGGUUGAGCACCUCCAGCAAGCACUCAACUUCACGGCCCACGUGGCGUACCGGGGCGGUGUGAUCCUUUUCGUGAACCGGCGUAGGCAGUUUGGCCACCUGGUGGAGAACACGGCACUGGAGUGUGGGGAGUACGCCCACACGCGCUACUGGCAGGGGGGUCUGCUCACCAACGCCACUGUUCAGUACGGCCCCGGGGUGCGCAUCCCUGACCUCAUCAUCUUCCUCUGCACCCUCAACAACGUCUUCCAGCAGCACGUGGCCGUUCGAGACGCCGCCAAAAUGAACAUACCCACCGUGGGCGUGGUGGACUCCAACUGCAACCCCAGUCUGAUCACCUACCCCAUCCCAGGCAAUGACGACUCGUCCUCAGCGGUGGAGCUGUACUGUAGGCUGUUCAAGAUGACCAUCAACCGCGCCAAGGACAAAAGGAAGCAGAUGGAGUUGUUGCACGGCCUCACUGCCCCUAACUCACAGUGACUGUAAACAUGACUGGGGAGUUGGGUCUGUUAUGGUCUUUAUCCUGUACACCUCUACCCUGUCUUGUCCUGUUGGAUCAGGCCUACUGUAUAGAUGGGCUGGUAAAAUUUAUGAUGAUGGGGAUACUGAAUUACAUGUCAUUGUACUGUUUCUGCAGUUGCUGAAAUGCAACAUAAUGAAAGACAUUGUGCCCCUCUUGUGUAUUCAGCAGUUUCUGCUGACUUCAUCCGUCAUCAGUUGGAACUCUGGAAGUUAGCUGGAAUUUAUCAUGUCUGUA